AUGACCCCCGCGGCGGAGAGUAAUGAAUUUCCUCCAAGUUCUAAGUCGCAGGUGAAUGGAAAUGGGAAUACCGAGUCGGCAGACAAUCGUAAAUCAUGGCCAUCACGUGAGGAUGAGAUCAACGGUUCUGGCAUCUUAACGCCCUCCGAGACAGACGCCAGCCAGAGUCCCACUAUUGCGGAAGAUCAGACAAUCGAACACGUUGGAAACGAGACUCAACCCCAUGGAGAAUCAUCUGCGUUGUCGGAGCAUGGGCUUGGAAUAUUGGUUGAGCUCUCGCCCGGUGGUACUAGGAAGACCGGUCGAGCAUCAGUUCUCGACGGUCCGAAAGUCCACGCGGCUUUGGCUGACCUUGCUAAGGAUGCCUCCCAAAGACCAGCGGAUGACAAAGAUAAAGUCUUGAAGCUGUCCCCGGAAAAAAUCCAGGAGCUCACAUCGUCGCCUGACUCGAUUCCAUACCGGCCUGCGGCCCCCGAUACAACUUCUGGGAGAAGGACGGUGUCAGAGAAUAUCCACUCCAAUGGAACACUUCGGCCCGAGAUUCGCGCCUCGAUUCUCCAAUCUCUGAACGAACCAGCACUGCCCGCAGAUGACAUGUUGAAGGCACGUUUCACGAAAGAAGUCGCUGUCGAGGAGUCAUCUCUGCCCCCAAGCCCUGCUUUUCCGCGUUCAAUGAACAAUGGACCCGUUCGCACCCGACCUCAUCAGUCCCGCACAGUUUCAACCCCUGGUCUUUCUAGGCACUCCGUUGUACCUUCUUCCAAUAAUGAUCGUCUGACACAGACAUGGGCGUCACGAUCAAAACAAGAUAGGAGUGGCGCAGAUCGUGAUUUGAAAGCCCACCUGGCGGCAUCCCCUCAGAUUAUUGAGUCUUCUUCAUCAUCUCCCCUGCCUCCAUCCAUCCCAAUACCUCCUGUCUCGAUACCCACUUACUUGCAGCUUGAGCUUGCUUCCGGUCGCCCUUCUCCGUUGUAUAUCCAUCGACCAUCCGCUAGUGACUUCCCUUACGAAUCAUCUAGUGCGAAGAUUGAGAGGUUGGUGAACUUCUUAAUUCUCCCCGGUGCGCUUGAACAAGUUCUAUGCUUUGGAACCCUGGCAUGUCUUGACUCGUGGCUAUACUCAUUCACAAUUCUCCCCCUGCGCUUCAUUAAGGCUAUAUACAUACUUUGCGAGUCGUGGGCGAUGAACCUUGAGGCCGAAAUUCGUUUUGUCUGGAAGUUUGUUCUUAACGGAGUUGGUCGUGUUUGGCAAAGGAGGAGACACUUACCAUCAGAUGGACUUGGAGAAAGACGUGAAAGCGAGCCUGAUGCGACCCCACGUCUACCUAAUGGAUCCUCUGCAGAGCAGGAAACGGCCACCGGAGAUCGCGAUUCCAGGCACAGACACGCGGAUCCAAAGAGAAGACACCGCGCCUCUGAGUCCCGCAGGCACCAUCGGCGAAAGAAGUCUAUGCCAUCGGCUCUUCUCCCUGAUGACAAGGCUGAUAUCCUUACGGGCUUGCUCAUGGCGGCGACCUGUUGGGCACUUAUGUACUUUGAUGCCAGUCGGAUGUACCAUUGGAUUCGUGGACAGGCAGCCAUCAAGCUGUACGUGAUCUAUAAUGUGCUGGAAGUGCUUGAUAGACUAUUGGCUGCCAUUGGACAAGAUGUCCUUGAAUGUCUCUUCUCACGCGAGGCUCUCGAGCGUCGCCCAGAUGGUCGCAGUAAGAUCCUGCGUCCAUUUUGUUUAUUCCUAGCAGCUCUAGUUUACACUGUGGCGCAUGCGACGUCUCUGUUCUCCCAAGUUAUGACGCUCAAUGUCGCUGUGAACUCCUACUCCAACGCGUUGAUGACACUUCUGCUAUCGAAUCAGUUUGUCGAGAUUAAAUCUACCGUCUUCCGCAAGUUCGAGAAGGAAAACUUAUUCCAGCUUACGUGCGCUGAUGUCGUGGAGAGAUUCCAACUAUGGCUCAUGCUUACUAUCAUCGCUUCUCGCAACAUUGUCGAGACGGGUGCAUUCAAUUUUAUUUGGGAUUUGGGGCUUGGAUCGGGCUUCCCCGGACAGUCUUCUACUAGCACCAACAGCACUCCUCUAUCUACGCCCCCGCGGACUGCAUCGUCCAUCCUCCCUCAGUCCUUCACGUUCUUCCCGUCGUCCAUUUUAUCAUCUGUCAGUAGCGUCAAUUCUUUCCUACCAACGCUCGGCCAGGUACUCGGUCCAUUUUUGGUGGUUUUGGGAUCUGAAAUGCUCGUGGACUGGCUCAAACAUGCAUACAUCAACAAGUUCAACAACUACCGACCUGCGCUAUAUGGCCGAUAUCUCGACGUACUUGCAAAGGACUACUAUACCAAUGCUUUCGGCGACCAAAACCUCACCCGUCGCCUGGGUCUUCCCGUCAUCCCGCUAUCCUGCCUGUUCUUCCGCGUCUCGGUGCAGACAUACCAGAUGUUCCUCGCUUCUCUCAUGCCCCAACACCCUUCGUCCACUGCGUUGGAGUCGACCUCGCUUUCCUCGAUCCAUAACCAUUACGCACCAGCUCCCCUUCCCUCACCUCCGCCCUUGACCUUACACACGAUCAUCCCCGCGACCGCCGCGCACAUGAGCACUUUCUUCCGCACGCUCCUUGAGAACGCCAUUCCCUCGCCUGCACAAUCGGUGCAGAUAUUUACCGUCAUUCUGCUCCUGACCGGAUACAUCGUGCUCCUAAUCCUCAAGCUCCUCCUGGGAAUGGGUCUGCUGGCCUUCGCCCGCUCCCGGUAUCGGAAAAUGAAGGGCCUGGAUAUGGAGCCGCGGAAGUCCUCCCACCCAGCCCCCGUCGAUCUCCCGGCCCAGAAGGAUGAGUUCAAGGUUGAGGGCAGUCGUCGCGCAGGUGGAUGGGGUAUGGUUGAGUUGGGCGAAGAGAAGCGCCGUUGGAUUUAUGGAGAUGAUCCAGAAGGCCUGCGCCGGGUGAGGGAAAAGGAGGAAAAGGAUAGUAAUAAAGACACGGACUUGAAGAUUGAUCAUGUGCGGCGGUAUGAGAUGGUUGCGAAGAAAAUCUGGUGA